AGGAGGUACCGAGACAGAGUGGAAUCACAGAUGGAGCAGCGCGACACCAGGCGCCUAUGGCAGGGGCUACGGACUAUUACAAACUACCAGAGCAGACCCCGCGCAAUGGUGAGUGCCGACGCAUCCCUAGCGGACGACCUGAACUCAUUUUAUGCACGGUUUGAGGCUAGCAACAACAGCGCUAGCUCGCCGGCUAACAACAACACCGUUAGCGUAGCCGAGGUGAGUUCUACCGCUGGGGAUGAACACACACUCUCUGUGACCGAGCACAGUGUGAGGAGGGCUCUGUUGAGGGUGAACACCAGGAAAGCUGCAGGUCCAGAUGGCAUAUCUGGGCGAGUACUGAAGACCUGUGCUAACCAGCUAGCUCCAGUGUUCACCACAAUAUUCAACCUCUACCUGGCUGAGUCCGUGGUCCCCGCCUGCUUCAAGAGAUCCACUAUUGUCCCUGUGCCCAAGAAUGCUUCUCCAGCAUGUAUGAAUGACUACCGACCGGUGGCCCUCACCUCGGUGGUCAUGAAAUGCUUUGAGAGGCUGAUAAAGGACUACAUCUGCGCCUUCCUCCCUUCCUCCAUGGACCCGCUGCAGUUUGCUUAUCGCCCAAACAGAUCCACGGAUGAUGCUGUCUCCCAGACUGGCCGGCAAGCUGACUGAGCUGGGACUGA